AUGGCUGAGGGACCGACCGACCACGACGCAAGCACAUCUCCUAGGUCUUCUGGGAGCGACACCGAGGGAGAAUCUGGAGAUGGAUCUGCGGCAAGCUUAGAACCGGCGGGCGAAUCAUUCUCUGCUGGGGGGUUAUUGAAGAGGGGCUUGGGGGACCUGCUGGACACAGAUGAUGAGACUGAUGACGAAAGUGGGAACGAGAGUGAGGACGAAAGUGAGGACGAGAACGACAGCCGAACCCACGUCGAUUUCGGCCUACCUAUUCCUCUUUCUCAUCCUCUCUCGCAACUUCUCUCUCAUGCACCGCUUCCCUUACCAUCAUUGCCGCCAAACCCAAUCGCUGCUCUUCUACCACAACUGCCGCCAGCAUCCUCUCCUCCGGAAUCAUCUCCUCCAAAAUCAUCUCCUCCGACAGCCGGCGCUCCUGCAUCGUCACCACAACAGCCACCACCUCCUGCAGCUUCUCCCGCGCAAUCCCCUGCAUCACCCGCAGCAUCACCCGCAGCGCCCCCCGCGUCUGCUCCCUCUCAAUCGCAUGUUCCGCCGUUCAUCUCUAUUCCUCCUGCGGCAUCCCCCACAGACGGCAUAUCCGAAAAUCUUGGAGCUCCAUCGCCUUCCACUACGAAUCCUCCUAGAUCGUCAUUUAGCGCACCUCUACCCAAGAGCACGUCUACCGGCGAUGACAGUGACGACAGCGGCGACGACAGCGAUGACGACGGUGCAUCAAAAUCAACCGGCAGGCCUUCCUCAACACGAACUCGAACCACCCUUACGGCUAUUGCGCCACCUUAUGAGUCGCAGACGACAGGGAGCUCGGGGGACAGAUCCACCAUUAGCCGUACGAGAGACGCACCUAGCUCUUUCACAACAUCCGUCAUUGCGCCAGACCAGAGUGCGAGGACAAAAACGGGGGCACAAAUGACAGCAAUGACGAGUACUGCAAGCCCAAGUGGAACAGCCGCAGCAGUUCUGGGGCACGAGGCACAUAGGCUGAGCCCAGCUAGCGAGAAAGCCGUCAUUGCGUCCACGUCCAUUGGUGAGUGUGUAUCCUGGGGCGGCAUGUUUCUUCUCUUCCUAGUGUUCACAAGACUUACUAUUUUGGCAUUAGGUGGUUGUAUCAUCCUUUUAGUUCUCGCCUGGUUUCUUUGGCGCUCGGCCAAGCGUAAAUCUGCUGGCAGAAAGAGCGCUUGGCCAGCCAGCCGAGACAUGCUUGACGGCCCUCGGCGUGUUUCUAACAGAGUUGCGGAUCGAUUUACGUCCAUCAAAGGCAACCUGCUGCCAGCUACCUUUGGCUGGUGUAGCAUUGAUGAUUCCAACGAUGAAGACGGUCCCGUAAACGAGAAGCCGGCCCCGACGCGUGCUCCGAAGAAGGCUGGCUUGUUGGAGAGGAGACUGGGAGCCAAGACACCACCCCAGAAUGUGACGGUCAAUUCCUACGGGAUGGUCUUCCGCACACCGAUUCUGGGGGACUCAGUGUCGGAUAUCCUGGAGAGACCUAAAAUUACACCGCCGCCGGCUACUGGGGUCGCUCGGGAAAAAUCCAAGCAGAUGGCGGCGGCCCAUUUGGAGAGCGCAAGAGCGAGUGUGAGUGCAUACACCUCGAGAUCGCAAUCUUUGGCACCUUCGCGCAAGAACACCCGCAUCAGCGAUGUCUCCUCUUUAUCGUCGGGGUUUGGUGAUGGGGACAUCAUCAUUUUUCAGCCCCCCACUGCUGCUGCCACCUAUGCUGCCACUCCAAACCGAUCUAAUACGUUUGACUCAAAUAUUAACCUCAGUGCCGUCAGGACUAGCCCUGAGAGGAAGAGCUUCGGCAGCCGAUUCUCCCGUAACAACAGCAGAGACCACAGCAGAGACACUUACAUGACAAACUCCUCGGAGGACCUGCGUCCCCGAUUCCGCACUGUCUCUUCCUGGGUUCAUCAGCAGUCCCGUCGAACGAAGCAACGUUCCGCGGCGAAUAGGAGUGAAGACCGUGGGAUGGCGACACCUUUGCCAGAGCAGGGAUUUGAUAUGAUGAUGCCUGAUGGAGAGGUGCCGCGGAGGGUUGAAUCUUCGAUGUGGCAGGAGAAGUGA